UCUGAUGAUCCCCUCGUGUCACCUGACCACAGACACUUCUCUCAUUCCGCUCAAGUGGAGGAUAUCUGAUGAGAAAGCUCAGUUUGAGAUUCACAGUCUGGUUUCUGUUUUUCUGGAGGAUCUCUGCAUGCCGUUCCACUGUUCCUCCUCGUGUAGACCAGAAGCACAUCAUGUUUUCUGUUUAAUGAUCAACUCAUCAGCAACAGAACAGACAUAAAGGGACUUUGGGCUUCUUUAAACAGAAAACAGAAAGCUGAAAGAUCUCCAGCAGUCAUGAAGUUCUUUCAUCUGAGAAUGGAGAAGCGCACAGUCAUGAAGCUGGCCUUGCUCCUGUUCAUCAUCAUCUCAACCAACGCUUUCCCAGCAGAGGAGCACUCUGAGGAGAGGAACCCGGCUCUGUCAGAGAGUCGCUCUGCCUUCGCCGCUCUGGAUGAAGUCCGGCUCAUUGCUAACGGGCUCCUGCAGCUCGGCAAAAACCUGAAGGACUUUGUGCAGAAGACCAAGGGCCAGUUCAGAGACAUCCUGCAAAAGCUCAACAUUUUUGACAAGUCCUUCAACCAGCUUUCUGUUCUGGCCAGCGAGAUCAAAGAGGAAGAAGAGACACUGAAGAAGACCACAGUGGUGCUCAAAGCCAAUAAUGAGGAGAUAAAGAGUCUGUCCAUGGAGAUUAACUCCAAAGUUGAAGACAUCAUAAGGGAGAGAAUCCAGCUGUGGAACCAGGUUGGAGAGCUCGAGGAGAAACUGAGUGGACUUUCUCAAGGUCUUCUCUCGGCAGAUCAGAUCGCAGAAAUUUCAGCACUCAAAGAGGUGAUCCAAGUCCAAGAAAGGAGCAUCUCAGACCUUCUGAAGGCGGUGAAGGAGCAAAGUGAGAACUUACACGACCAGAAAAACAAGAUCAAAAGUCUGGAGGAAAAGCUGAACUCCGCCAACCUUCAGGAAACUCGGUCCAAGUUCAGCCUGGAUGCCGAGGUCUACAGCGUGUCCGAUUAUCUGUCCAACUAUUCCGCCGAUGGGAGCUUUUCCAGCAAUUUCCCACGAGACUGCGGUGAGGUCUUCAGGAACGGAGAGAGAACCAGCGGCCUGCAUCCCGUCCAGCCGAACGGAUCAGAACCGUUCCUCGUCUACUGCGAAUUCACGCAGGAUGCAGCCUUCACGGUCAUUCAGCGCAGACUCGGCGGCUCGGUGGAUUUCGACCGCUCUUGGAAAAGCUAUGAAGAUGGAUUUGGAGACUUCAGGAGUGAGUUCUGGCUCGGUCUGAGGAAGAUCUUCUCCAUCUCCAGGCAGGCCGGCUGUCUCCUGCGCAUUCAGACGGAGGACUGGAAACAGGACAAGCAGUCGAUGGAGUUCCAGUACACGCUGGACGGCUCCGACUCCAACUACACCAUCCAUGUGAAGGCAGGAGACGUGAGCUUGGACGAGGCCGUCUCUACAGCACUGAGGUUCUCCACUAAAGACCACAGCGAUGGGAAAAGACCCAGAGGUCCACAGUGUACUCAGGAUUAUUCAGGAGGCUGGUGGUUCAGCGCAUGUGGAGACAUCAACCUGAACGGAAAAUGCAUCCAGAGCCAAUCUCGCAGGAAAGGAGUCCAGGGGAAGCUCCAUAAAGGACAUUUAAAAUCCACACAGAUUUCCAUUCGUCAUCAUCACGAAGCGUGAAAUCGCCUGUAAAAUGACGUGGAAAUGUGAAAAGAUGCGUGAAAUCACGACUCUGUAAUUCCAAAAGGCAUUAAAAUUGAGCAUCAUGUCGGUUUAAACAAA